CACCAACGAACCGACGACGACGAGCUGCUUCCGAUCUGUCAUCUCUUUUCUCUUUCUCCCUCCCCGUCAACCCAACGCCUGCAUCGCAUCACAUCGUAUCCUUUGCCGCCGGAUACCCUCUCUCACAAUGUCUACCGCCGAGCUCGCUGUUUCCUACGCCGCCUUGAUCCUGGCCGAUGAUGGCGUUGAUGUCACGUCUGACAAGCUCCAAUCAAUCCUGAAGGCCGCCAAUGUCCAAGAUAUUGAACCAAUCUGGUCUUCUCUGUUCGCCAAGGCUCUUGAGGGGAAGGAUGUAAAGGACCUCCUGCUCAACGUCGGAUCAGGCGGUGGUGCCGCUGCCGCCGCUGGCGGAGCUGCCCCUGUCGCUGCUGAGGCCGGUGCUGCUGAGGAGAAGAAGGAGGAGAAGGAAGAAGAGAAGGAAGAGUCCGACGAGGACAUGGGCUUCGGUCUUUUCGACUAAACGAAUUUUCUUCUUUUCUUUUUUUCCUUUACGUUUUGGUUCCGUCCCUCCUCAUCCACCUACCUCCUAUUGGCGUGUACUCAUAUUUGCGAGAGGAAAAUUACAAAAGAGAAAUGGGGUGCACAGCUACGGCGCUUUUACGGACAGACCACCCCCCCAAUUGGCGAAGUUCAUAUAUAACCAUGGAAUUUCAUGUUGGGGACUGGACCAGAGAAUCGGGUAGCAAUUGGUUGAAUUUUCUUUUUUUUUUUUUUUUUUUUAGUAUAUCAAUAUGAUGUGCUUCCAAGGAUGCUUCUAAUGUCAUAUGGUUUAUGGUCAUGAUUGUCGUAUUCCGUCAAUAAGAAAAAUCAAAUAAGAAAUGUGAGAUGUGACAUGCAUCUUUCGAUAUCGUGGUUCCCGCCGAAGUUUUUUGGUUCCUGUCCCGGUUUGCUUUUAAUAAGAGACUAGGCAAAGAAAAAAGAAAGAAAUGGGAGAAAAAAAAGGAGAGUGCCACCCAAGUAAUUAAAAGAGAUACAGUGGAAGGAUUCUGAAGGAAAGUGUGUGUUUUUUUUUUUAGAAAGAAAUGAGAGCGAGAGGAUGGGGAUGGGGAGCUUAUAUCACAGCCGAAGAGGAUGAAUCUGCACGCUGGACUGCGUAUAUCCGGAACUGUGCAAAGAUCACGGCAUCUUCAACCAUCGUCCCAAGGGAGCCAAUGAGCCACGGGAGAUUCUUAAGAAAGUAACCCUUUUCGGUGGAAUGAAACAAUAUCUAGGCAUUUUGUUAGUAGAUGGUUCCUCAGCGGUGUAGGUAAAUAUUCUACAGCCAAUAGAAUUGGGAACUUACCCCUGCGCCAUAUGACAAAUUGCCCAUAAGAGAAAAUAUGAAAAACAGUAAAGAAAGCCCUAUGAAAAACCGGUCAGCCCGUCCACUCCACAUAAAUAUAAACGACAGCAGACUUCCUUGACAAACAUACCUUCACAUGAUUUCUCACGGUAGUUUUUGAGGAUCUGUGGUAUUCGCGCCCUGUUCGGUUCAUCCCAAACUCCAUUAGCUAUUGAAACCGAGUUGAGAGUUAACAUUCAGGGGCUAUAAACUUACCCUAGAUAACAAACUGCACUCAAAUACCCAAAUACCUGCGCCCCAACCGCCAUAUUCCCCGGUUGCUCCCUAGUCGUCGGUUGCCAAACACCAGACUGCCAAGCAAUCGCCCAUCCAGCGGCACCUGCAGCACAGAUCCCAAAGACACUCAAACUGUUCUUCACCCACGCGUUUCUGGGCUCCGUUUCC